AUGAUUUAAAUUCCAAAUGCUAAGUAUCACUAAUCACAAAUAAAAUUUGCUGAAAGCUAGAUCACAAAUCUAGAUAAAAAUAUCAUAAAAGUCUUACAACUAUUCUCAAUUAUUGGAUAGUUGGAAAUGGAUAUAGAAAAUAUUAGUAAUAUUUAAAAUUAAAGAAAGGACUUGAAUUAUCAGAAAACUCUCAUUUUUAUCCUGAAGCCUUAUUUUAAUAUUUAAAGUUAUAUCUGUAACCAAUAAAACAAGAAUCUUUAAAUGAAUAUUCAUAAUUUUUUAAUUUUACUGUACAUAUGAAAUGAUAAAUAGGACCUAUAAAAUUAAGCUCCUUUAGUAAUAAACAUUAUAAAUAGUGCUAAAGAUGGAAUUAUUAAAUUUGAAAAUAUUAUAGCAUUUUGUAAAGAUAAUUAUUAAAUUUCUCCUAAUUUGGAGAGUUUGAAGGCAAUAGAAAGAAUAUUUCAUAUAAAUUAAUUUGGCUUUUAAAAAGAUAAUAUUUUAGACACAUUUAAUGAUGAAUAUCCUUUGCCUUAAGAUAUAAUUCCUAUUUCAUAAAUUCCAAUUAAUUAAAUUUAAGGUACAUCUAAAGUACCAUUAUAAAAAAAAGAAAGUAUUUAAAAAGUGAAUUCUGGAGAAGGAUUUAAUUAUACUACAUUUAUAAAAAUGUUACUUUCUAAAUCUAUACCUUAAGCAAGUUAAAAGGCAUCCAAAAGGAAAUUAAUAUAUGAAACUAGUUAAAGUUAGAAUAUAGAUAAAAUAAUUUUGAAUUUGUUUUUUAAUCUUCUUUAAAAUGAAAUAGCAUUGAUUGAAAAAUCUGAAUAAAUUCGAUUAUCAUUAAAUACAGAUCAUUCAUAUAAUCAUGUUGCUAUGUUUAAUAUUUUUGAUGCAUAAGGAAAUGGUGACAUUGAAUAUCGAUUUAUUGAAUAAUUGAUGAAUAAAGCAUAAAUUCCAUUCAAACCAUUUCAUUUUAAAUCUUUAAUAAGAAGAGCAAAUAUUUUAGCUAAAAAUACAUAAAUAUCUGAAUCUUUGAAUUUUGAAGGUUAUCGAUUAAUAGCUACGGUCUAAUGUCCUUAUUUCAAGAUACCAAAGUAAAAUGAUGAAGAAAUUUAACCCUAAAAUUAAUAUUCAAGAAUAUUAGGAACAGAAAUUAAUGGAUAAAGCUCUUCUUAAUUAUCUAUUUCUAGAAUUCCUGAUAAAAUUCGAAAUAAUUCUUAAAAUUUUAGAUCAACCCCUGCAGUACCUUCAUAUCACAGUAGCAGUCCAUAUGUAAAUGAGACCUUAAAAAAGUAAAGUAAAAUAGAAAAUAAUAAUUAGAAUUAGUCAGAUGCAAUAUAUUAAGAUAAUGUAUGAAUUAUUAUUUUAUUUAGAUUGUUUAUGGAACAAAAAGGGAAUGGGAUUAAUUAUAACAUUCAUUAUAGAAUAAUAAUUUAAUAGAAUCUAAAUCUUUGAGAUCAUAAAUUUUAAGAAUUUAAACUCCUGAUAUUUAAAUGAAUAAUUUUAAAUCAAAUAGUCGAAAUAAUACUCCAAGAGAAAAUAAGAGUUAAAUCUAAAUAAUUUAAUAAUAAGCCUUAGUAGAAAAUGUAGACAUAAAAAGGGAUAUAGAAUUAUCUAAAUAAUUAUAAUAUGCUAUGGGAGCAAAUACAAAAGGAUUAUAUUCAAAUAAUGUUAAAAUAGAAAGAGAUAACAAAAUUAAGGAAGAUCUUCAUUCAUUUUAUAAUCAAGCACCAUGGUAUCAAAAUGAUAAUAAAAUAUCGAAAAAUAUUAAUAUAAUUAAAUUAUAGCAAGAAUAAAUUUAGAAAGCUUCAGGACUAAAACAAUAUAUUAAUCAUUAAAAUUAAUAAUUAAAUGUUUAGAAUAUUAAUUAAUAAAAUGAUAUAGACAAUUUUAAUUAAUAACCAAAUUCUGAUUAGCAAUAACAGUUAUCAAGAAUUUAAUCUAAUUAAAAUCAAUCAAAUAUUCAAUAAUUAAAUAAAUUAUCACCAGUAUCCCCAAGAAUUUUUUCUACUCAAAAAUUUAACCCUUUAAUUGGUAAUGAUAACUAAUAAAUCAUCAUGGAUUAUAAUCAUGAUAUUCCAAAGAGGAUAUUUGAUCAAUAAAAUUGA